AUGUUAGCCGUGCGAUCCUCCGGGCAACCCAGACCCGAUUCUCCGCGGCCAUCAUCUGCCAAGCACCAAACCUACAGCGGCCUUGCCGAAGCCCUCAAGCCUAAUGCCAGCGUCUCCUUGAAGAGGACCACGGCUCGGGCUGCUGCCAAGGCCACCGAAGCCCCGUACAAGAUCACGAGCGCCCGCGCAGGCUUCAACGUGUCUAAGGGCGUCAUGGUCGUGAUGUACAAAGUCGAAAGUCCAGAGAUGCCGGCUAGCCACAUGCCGACCGACAACGACGGAUGGAUCCUCGAGAAACGUCUGGAUCAGAAUGCCCUGAACUAUUACUGGGCGAAAACUAUAGUGCGCAGCCGCCAGACGAAGCCUGGAUGGACGAAGGCAGCCUGGUUACAAUCAGUCGAGGAAAAGCAGCGAGCCGAGCGUCAGACACAAGGCAACCGCGCUUCUGACGUUGCCGUUUCCACUGCGGGCCCCGACAUCACUCAGAAGAAGAAGCGCAGGCGCAAGAGUGAGGAGGACGAAGAUGGGGAUUACGUGCCACCAGCAGCCAAGCGCGCACGAUGA